AAGUACCAACUAAGGAAUAUUCUGGGUUGCCAAUUUGACACAAUUUGCAUUGAAGAAUCUGAUUUUCCAUUUAAUUGGAUUUGGGUUGGCCUCAAAAUCGUCCAUUUGGAUUCAAAACCCCAUCAACUGGAAUUGUGUGUAAGUGUCAUCAAUGUUUUCAUCAGUUGGUGCCGGUGAUGGUUCGUUUGUAUACACGCAUACUCUUAAAAAUAUCAUAUGCAGUAGUGGCAAGGGUUCUUGUUCUUUUCGCUCCCCUCCAGGAUUCUUGGUUGAUGAUCAUCAAAACCCUAUAAGAUUUAAAAAGAUUAUUUCCGCCUGUAAAUGUAUCGCGGACAUCAAACCCACGAAAUUCACUGGUUCACAUGAAACAGAGAAUUUGAGUGUGGGAAAAGAGCUUGAUGAUGAAUCAUAUGUGCUUAUUGAAUGUAGAAACGUCUACAAGUCAUUUAGAGAAGCAUAUCUUAAGAGGUUGUCCCCCUCUCUCUUCCAUGCCUACGUGCAUCUAUUGUGUUCCAUCAGUUUCUACAUGUAUCACAUGACGAUAUCAUGGCAUGGGGAGGCUGUUGGAAUAAUUGGGCCUUCUGGGACUGGUAAGUCAACCAUCUUAAAGAUCAUGGCUGGGCUUCUUGCUCCUGACAAGGUGCUCCUGUACAAUGAACCAAGUGCUGGACUGGAUCCAAUUGUAUCUACUGUAGUUGAGGAUCUCAUCCGCUCUGUUCAUAUCAAAGGUAAGGACUUGGGAAGCCUGGAAAGAUUGCAUCAUAUGUUAUUGUCACUCAUCAACAUAGUACAACUAGAAGAGCCGUUGAUAGUUUGCAUCUGGGAGCUUGGAUGGACCAAUUAGAUAUUACCAAAUUGAGGCAACACACAGAAUAUGGGUUCUUGAAUACCAAUUUCUUCAUAUUUCAAGUCAUAUUUUAUGACAAUUGAGACGUGAUAGAUUUUCCCCCGUGAAUUGGAGUGAGGAAUAGGUUCAAGUUUGAUGAAGUGUUCAAUGGCCCGGCAAUACAGUCCACCGACAUCCCCCUUUCCCCAGUUUUGUUCCGUCCGAUUAUUCUUCCUUCAGGCUUUGCUUUAUACUCGGGUCAUAUGGGGCCUUGUUGGAUAGCAUUGUCAACGUGAAACGAGUUGAAAUAGAACUAGUUGUGAUGCCUACUUGAUUAGAGGAACUCACUCUCCUUGUGUUUUGUAAGAAUCAAAAAUGAUGCACAGUAGCAUUUUUAGGUAUAGUUGCAACUAACAGAAAUGAUAAACUGAUGUACCAUUGAUUGAUGAGAUAUAAUCCCACUUUUAUUUCUUUGGCUGGGAUUUAGUUCUUGCAUCAGUUCAUUUGUUUCCGCUUUCGAUAUUUAUUUUUGUUUCUGCAUAUUGAGCGGAAACUUGAGGGACAAAGUGAAAAUAGAGAUGAUUUCUAAGGGUUUGCUUGGGAGUUUUGGGGGACCGGUUAUAAACAUUUUUAAGGUAUCAAUUUUAAUCGUUUAUGAGUUG